AUGAUGAGGUUCAGCGUGUCGACUGGAAGACCAUGGUAGAAACUGGCAGGAGCAGAGCACCUUGGAAUAUGUGACGAAUCUGCAACUGCCCGUGAAUGAAAUUUGAUGUUCGCUUGGAAUACAGUCGGCUUCUCUGGUUGCCAUAGAGACGAACAUACAUAUCUCUCCAAAACCCUACUCACAAGUAAUUGCAGUAUGGACACAAAUGUGCAAAAACGACGGGAAAAGAAGUCACUGCGCGUGAAAGUGAUCAGUUUGGGGAACGCUGAAGUCGGAAAGAGUUGUAUCAUUAAACGCUACUGUGAGAAAAGAUUUGUUCCCAAAUACCUGGCCACAAUUGGAAUUGACUAUGGGGUCACCAAAGUUCAAGUCCGUGACCGGGAAAUCAAAGUCAACAUUUUUGACAUGGCGGGACACCCUUUCUUCUAUGAGGUACGCAACGAGUUCUACAAAGACUCCCAAGGGGUGAUCCUGGUGUAUGACGUGGGGCUGAGGGAGAGCUUUGACGCCCUGGACAGCUGGCUGGCCGAGAUGAAGCAGGAGAUGGGCUCGCAGGCCAAUAUGGAGAGCAUUGUCUUUGUAGUCUGUGCCAACAAGGUGGACCUGACCAAGCGGAGGGUGGUGGACGAGAGCGAAGGCCGACUGUGGGCCGAGAGCCGCGGAUUCCACUACUUCGAGACCUCAGCCCAGAGUGGAGAGGGCAUCAGUGAAAUGUUCCAGGCCUUCUUCUCCUCCAUAACAGACAUGUGUGAAAAUGGAGGGAAGAGGCCGGCACCGGAGGUCAACGCUGGCUUCACCAAGGAGCAGGCGGACACCAUCCGCCGCAUCCGGAACAGCAAAGACAGCUGGGACAUGCUGGGGGUGAAGCCUGGGGCCACACGGGAAGAGGUAAACAAGGCCUACAGGAAGCUGGCUGUUCUGCUGCACCCAGACAAGUGUGUGGCACCAGGCAGCGAGGACGCCUUCAAGGCUGUGGUCAACGCUCGCACCUCGCUACUCAAGAACAUCAAGUAGGGGCAGCCCGCGCCUCAAAACAUGCCCCAUUUUUACAGUACUCCCGUCCCGUCCACUGAACACUUGUCAGAGUUAACUAUCCAACAGCCACCAGUGUUGAGGAAGUUGCCAUUUGUAUCCACACCAAACUAAUAUAUAUAUAUAUAUAUACAUUAGUUAUAUAUAUAUAUAUAUAUAUAUGAAACACCGAUGAUGUGCCACAAUAACAUCACAUCUCCACAUUUAUUUUUUUUUAUUUUAUUUUUUUACAUAAUUAAAGAUUAUUGGUUAUGCCCGUUUUUGUUUUAACCAUAUAUGUCCCAUUUUACUUUAUUGUUCAAUUAGGAAAGUUACAGAGUCGAUGUGACCUGAUUGGCUCAAAGCAGGAUGUGCUCUACUGACUUGCUACUUACAUCCACUUAGGCCGCUAUCAUUAGCCACCACAACUUUAGUCCUUCCAAAGGCCAACAGUUGGCUAUACUUUAGGAGAUGACACCUACCACAGCUGGGUGACUGUGUAAAUGCUCUUCUGGACUGCUGUGGUUGCGUGCACCCUAGUUUGCUUAAAACGGCAAACAAAAAUGAGACUUUUGUUUUGCUGUCAGCUGAACGAACUGUUGUGCCUGUACAAUUAAUGUUUGUCCCUUCAGUGACAAAGUUUGGACAAGUUAUACCUCUGUGGGUUACAUAAAGCCAGGCUCAAACUACACGAUUCCCGAUUUUGUGUCCGAUUUUGACGUCGGGGUGCACCGCACACUAGAACAGAAUCGCAACUGUCAAUCUUGUCCCUGGUCGUAACCACCCGAGACAAUGCCCGACGUUCUAUUUCCAGUCGCAAAUAUCAAUAAUACUGUUUGAUUUCUACGAUUUGCGAUCGGCGACUCUUGGAGCUGCCAAAAUUCUAUCUUAGAAUGUCGCACACGACAAGGACAACUUGCCCGACAAUCGCUUGUGAUGAUCCUGUGGGGUAGCGUUCCACCGAUUGUUGUAAGGGGGGGUUUCAGCCGAGAAUCGGGCCGAUAGUCGUGUAGUUUGAGCCUAGCUUUAAACACCUGCAUCGUGCUGCCCUGUUAAACUUAUUGGACUCUAGCUCAUUCAGUCUCGCCACUUCUGGUUUUGUGUUACAAUGGCUUUGCGAGGGAUCCUGGAAAGGCCUUAAGGCUCAAACACCACUGCAGCACUAAUAGUCUUAGCUGCUGUGUGACACUGCAACCCCUGUAUGUUUGUGCUUAAGAUAAUCUUUUCCUAGAGGUCGAAACACCUUCAUCCCAAGCCAUUCACAUUAGUUAGAUCACUGACUAAUGGUGCAUACUGGUUUCCUGCUCCCCAGCCCAUUACCCCAUGCAUUUCUUUCCUUUGUUCUUCUGUCCUUGUUUUUGACCACAGGACUGUGCUUGUGGUAGUAGGCAGGGGUGCAUUCUCAAAAGCGUAGUUGUUAGCCAGUUAGCAACUUGGGUAGUUGCCAAUGGGAAAUUGCAUUGCAAACAACAAAGUAGCUAACAUAGUUAGCAACUAUGGUUUCGAGAAAUGCUCCCCAGUUUUGUAUGUAAAUCGUUGUCGGUAUUUAAUAUGUACAGUACAUACUGUAAGGCCAUUUAAGUGAAAUAUAUGCUUAUUUAUUGAAGAAAAAUAUAGCCUGUAUGGUGUGAAAUCUCUUAACUGGUAUUGUAAGUUUGAGCAACUAGUGAUUUUUGAGCCCUCUACAUUUUUGCACGAAUUCUACACAGAUGUUUGAGAUCUACUGUAUGUGUUUGUGAAAACAUUCAUUUUGAAACUCUGACAGACGAUCAUUACAGACUUUGUCUUUAAAAACCGCACUUUCAACGUAGUCUUGAAAAUUCAAUUCAUGACUGGAAUGAUGUUCAGGGGUGUCUGAGUGGGUGGGGUACUACAGCUGAUGAAAUUCUAACAAUCUUGUUUCCCUGUUGGGGAAAAAAAAAUCAAUAGUCCAGUACUGAACUCCACACAGCAUUCAGACAAGAGUGAUUUGAAAGCAUAACUGUUUACAGAUGACAUCUCCCUUAUUAGUUUAGGUUUACCAGCCCAAUUAGUAAUUACUGCAGAGAGGCUGUGAAGACCAAGAUCAUCUUAGAUCUGUUUGAAGUACCGGUAUGGUGGAGUUCACACUUCACAGAGGCCAGUUCUAUACACGCGUAGUUCCAUCAUACGGUUCCCCUUCCUCAAGUGAAACAAGUCAGUGCCAAUAAGGGAAUGUUUCCACAAUGUUUACAUUAAACAAACUAAUUACCACUACUGCUGUAAACAACUGCUCAUGAUAAUGGUGCCAAAUAAUAGCCACCGCUGACUUAGUGGCACUCACUGCAUUUGUACAUUAGUCCUGGAAGAGCACUACCGUAAGAUAUUCCUCUUUAUAAUGUUUGCACUGACUGCAUUUGUUUUCUGUUUUGUUAAGAAGUUUUGGUCAUCCAUGUUAUGUAGUAGAUUUUUCUUUUUGAUAUGUUACUUGAAAUAUUUUCUUUUUUUUAUGUCGUGCAUUUAUCUGAAGUUGUCAAGAGGAAAUGCAUAUCAAUGUCUUUUUGUUUUCUUUGGAAUGAAUGCAUAUGCUUUAAAUAUCUAUUAAAUUAUAU